AUGCCAGAUGCCAGAUGCCAGCGAGGAGGGCCCGCGAGGUCGAGACAGACGAGACCGAGUCAACAGAGUCGAGGGCGGAGCGACGCAGGUGCACGGGAGGAGCGGCGGGCCGUGGACGUGGAAAUACAGCGGCGGUCAGCGGCCGCGGUGGAGGACGCGAUCAGACACCCUGGGCAAUCUGGAAACUGCGAUGACUCCGCUGGGUCGCGGCUUCAGGGUCUCCCGUCGAGUGUGGGCUGGGCGCUGGGCGUGUGCUGGGCGUGGCAGCUGGAUACAAGGCCCGACAGCUGCAAGAUUGCCGUCCGAACCUGGGAGCCCGGGAUGAAUGAGAGCCAGAGGAAGGCCUCCGACGCGCGCGAACAGGUGGAGGGUGUCGCCGUGCUGGGCGCCGUGGUCCCGCAGUGCGGCCUCGAGCGGAGUGGACGCCGAGUGGAUGCUGGGCGGAGCGCUCUGUGUCCACGAGUCGGAGGCGACGAGAGGCUGUGGAGGCCUUCUUUGGAGCACCGGAGAGCCGUCGUCGGUGGCUUCGAGGCUGGCAACCGCGCGGCGACUGACGCUAUCUGGGACUUGGGGACUGCCAACGGGCUGGGCGACUGUCGAUGCUCGUCUCCACCAGCUCCCUCCAGCAGCUUUUCUCCAAGGUUUCCUCCAGGGUUUCUCCAGGGUUUCCUCCAGGGUUUCCUCAGCGCCGCUCCUCCAGGCGCUCUCGGCUGCAACGCCCCCAGCCCAGCGCAGCAGGGUGCGUCUGCUGGCUACGACUCACAGGGCGUCCGCGGGCUGAUUGAGCAAAGCUGGGGAAAAGAGGGGCGCCGCUCGAUCGAAUCACAGGCGGCAGAUGGCCCCGCGCGCGCCGUCCUGGCGGAAUCGAGGUGCAUUGCCGCAGCAUCCGGAAAGGGGCCCUGGACAGUCGCGCUCACAAAGUCAUCGAAUGCGUGCCCGAAGCAGCUGCCUGCUCGUAUUGCGCGCGAGGCCAUGCGCCGAUCGCUGUGA